AAGAGAUGUUAUUUGUUUUGGACAUUCUCACACAAUCUGGGAACCACACACAAACCAUUUGUUCCCUUUCAUUGCUCAGCGAAAUCUCCGGCAAUGACCUCUCAAGCUUCCACCUUCGCCGUCGCCAUUCCCUCCGUCGCCACCCCUUUCCGGCGCCGCCGCAAUCUCCCCCUCGUUCGGGCUCAAGCGGAACCUUCAGAUAAAUCAGUUGAAAUUAUGAGGAAGUUCUCAGAGCAAUACGCUCGUAAGUCAGGAACAUAUUUUUGUGUUGACAAGGGAGUCACUUCUGUUGUUAUUAAGGGGUUGGCUGACCAUAAAGAUACGUUGGGUGCACCACUGUGCCCUUGCCGGCAUUACGAUGAUAAAGCUGCUGAGGCUGCACAAGGAUUUUGGAAUUGCCCAUGUGUUCCCAUGAGAGAGAGGAAGGAAUGCCACUGCAUGCUAUUUCUCACUCCUGAUAACGAUUUUGCUGGCAAGGAACAGGCCAUCACCUUGGAUGAAAUUAAAGAAGCAACAGCCAAUAUGUAACACAUAGGUUACUGUGUAUCAAGUUGCUUGUUAGUUGUUCUAGGCUGUAUCUUUGGGAAUACAAGUAAAAGAAAGGUGUAACGAUACGUAGGUAAUAUAUUUGUAUUUACCGAAAAUAACAUCUGAUUUUUGU